GGGAAACCUUUGGUGAAAAAGUUUCCUGUCCCAGUGGAAGGACAGCAGGGCGGCAGGGAUGCAGCUUGGAGCCGGACAGCUGCUGCUGCAACACCUCCGUCAGACGUGACGUCGCUGCUGGAGGACAAAACUCCGGAGAAAGUUUUCUGGAAGAGAGGAGGGAGGAAAAAAAAGGCAACAGAUCCCGAAAACAACUGGAGAAUGAGCGCUCACUCUGUGCUCUGCCACAUUUCAACCAUCUGUCGAAAUGUUUCUGCGCUUCUGGCGCUGCGUGGACUCGCUCUCUGCUUUCGUGGCGCUCGCUUUUAUAACUGUGUUGUUUUCUAAAGUCUGUCUGUGUAACCCUGAGGAGGACGAUGAGGUCCUGGGGAAAAACCAGCUCGCUGAGCUUUACACUCCCUCUCCCUACAGAAAAGGGCUUCUUCAUCCUGGAGAGUGUUCAGCUGAAGCGCUGCGUGACAGUGAUCAGCUCAUACGUGUUGCUGGUGGACUGCGAGCAACCCACGCGCCGUAUGCUGUGGAAGUGGGUCUCCAGACAUAGGCUCUUCAACUUGGGCUCCAGUAUGUGCCUAGGCCUUAACAUUUCAGAAAUAAAAGAGCCAUUGGGCAUGUUUGAGUGCGACAUGAAAUAUCCAGUGCUGUGGUGGCGCUGCAUUGGAAACAUGCUUUAUGGCGCAUCAGAGUGGAAGCUGACGGCAUCUGGAGGUGUGGUGGUGGUAAAAAAGAAUGUGUACUAUGAAUGGAAGAGACACAACACGCCCAGAGAAGGCCCCUGCUCGCAUCCAUAUGAAGAAACCCACACUCUGUUGGGAAACGCACAUGGAUAUCCUUGUGUUUUUCCUUUUAAUUACAACAACAAAUGGUACGUGGAGUGUACAACCGAGGGCCGAGAGGAUGAUCUUCACUGGUGUUCUACCACCGAUCGCUAUGAUCUGUCUGAAAAAUGGGGCUUUUGCCCUGUUGAAGUUUCCAGUUGUGAGCACUUCUGGGAUUCAAACCAAGAGCUCCAGGCAUGUUACCAAUUCAACCUGUACACCGUCCUCACCUGGAGUCAGGCGCUGUCCACUUGUCUGGCUCAAGGGGGGAAUCUGUUGAGCAUCACCAGCCUGGCAGAGCACAGGUACAUCCGAGAUCGACUGGCAAAUUUUGGUGUGAUGGUGUGGUUUGGGCUGAACCAUCUUAAGGACGGGUACGGAUGGAAGUGGUCAGACGGAGCUCCUGUUUCACUAGUGAAUUUCACUACAGCUCUAGCAGCUGGUCCGCUAGAGACUGACAUGCAAUGUGGGAUAUAUAAUCCUGCCUACGGAGGUCAGUGGCAGAGUCUUUCCUGUGAGUCUGCACUGCCUUACAUCUGCAAGAAGACACCAAAUAAUACCAGCACAGUGGAGCCACUUGAGAACUGGCAGUACGUCCAUACCGAGUGCGCCGAUGGCUGGUGGCCUCAUAAUGGCUUUUGCUACCGCACCCUGGCGGAAAAAGAGACCGGAAGCUGGGAGGAGUCGUCCCGAGCCUGUUGCUCUCUGGGUGCAAACCUCACCAGUGUACAUUCCUUGUCAGAGGUGGAGAUGCUGCUUAAUCUGCUGGCUAACUAUUCCAGGGAAAUUACAGAGGUCUGGAUCGGCCUAGUGAAGCAGGGGUCAUCACCAGGCAUAGAGUGGUCAGAUGGUACACCAGUAACUCUGACUCUCUGGGACCAGUAUCACCCUCCUACCAACAUGUCAGAUUCAACUCUUUGUGGCAAAGUGGAGAAAGAGAAAGGUAACUGGCUUUUAGCCACAUGUGACGAGCGACACCCUGCUGUGUGCAGAAGGGAAAGCCAGAGUCCAGUUCAGCGUGAAGGAACCUGGGAUCAAGGGUGUCCUGCGGGUUGGAAGAGAUAUGGUCACUCCUGUUACACAGUAACUAGUCAUGAACAGACAUUUGAAGAGGCAACGUUAGGAUACUACUGCAAGGCUCCUCUCCUCACUCUGGAAAACAGGUUUGAGCAGGCUUUUAUUAACAGUUUGCUAAAUGCAAACGGAACCAACAGCAGCAUGUCGUACUGGAUCGGCCUCAAGGACGAGGAGGGGAAGGGGGAGUACAGAUGGCUUUCUCAGAAUGGCUCCUCUCUGCCUCUCACCUUCUCAAACUGGAACAAACAUCAGCCAGUCAGUUCCGGUGGCUGCGUUGCCAUGUCUGGUGGUCCUGCUUUGGGCCACUGGGAGGUGAAAGACUGCAAAUCCCACAAGGCUUUGUCAGUGUGUAAAAUGAGCAGCAGCCACAAUGAUGCUGUUCUGACAGGGCGUCACAUUGAUGCUUAUGCCCCCUGUCCUCCAGGCUGGGAAUCACAGUCUGGAGUUCUUCACUGCUUUAAGGUGUUCCAUGAUGAGAAAGUCUUGAUGAAGCGCUCCUGGGUGGAAGCAGACUUCUUCUGCCAGGCCCUCGGUGCUCAGCUGGCCAGUUUCCAGCACUAUGAGGAGCAGUUGUUUGUAAAGCACCUGCUCAGCACCAUGUUUGAAGGAACAGAAGGCCGCUGGUUCUGGGUUGGUUUGAAUAAAAGAGAUCCCGAGCAACCUGGAGUCUGGGAGUGGUCCGAUGACUCUCCGGUAGUGGCGUCUUUCAUUGGAGACAAGAACGAGGAGGAUGACAGGAGGGACUGCGCUGUAUACAGUGACCUGACCAACACUCUGAUGCCACGCCCUUGUGACACCAAACACGAGUGGAUCUGCAAGCUGCCCAGAGGUGAAGAACUGAAGAAACCUUACUGGUACACUGAGCGUAAGUGAAACAUUUUCAUUUGGAACUCUACAUGAAUUUCACAACUACCUCUGAGCCAUUAAAGCAGCUUCAGUAUGUUUCUGUUUCCUUAGUGCUUGACUAAAAGGUAGCAGUA